AUCUGGUCCCGGCAGCAGCGAUGUCCCCCGGCAGGAAUGUCCCUCCUCAGAUAAUGUUAUUUAUAUCUCUGGGCGGGUCCGCGGCUCCGCAGCACCAGGCGCCCGGCGGCCACUGUGCCAGGAGCCCCGUGCUGCCCUCCUCCCCCUGCGCCGCCGCCCCCGGGCUCGGGGUGGCCGCCGCUUCAGCUCCAGCGCAGGGACCUUUCCAUGAAGACUGAGACAGGCACAGCUGCUAAGAAGAGCCUGCUGACAUGACAUCGGCCACAGAGUUUGAAAACGUAGGCAACCAGCCGCCAUACAGCCGGAUCAACGCCCGCUGGGAUGCCCCGGAUGAUGAGUUGGAUAAUGACAACAGCUCAGCCAGGCUCUUUGAGAGGUCCCGGAUCAAGGCCUUGGCAGAUGAGCGGGAAGUUGUUCAGAAGAAGACCUUUACGAAAUGGGUCAACUCCCACCUGGCUCGAGUGUCCUGCCGCAUCAGUGACCUCUACAAGGACCUGCGGGAUGGGCGCAUGCUCAUCAAGCUGCUGGAAGUGCUCUCCGGAGAGAUGCUGCCAAGGCCCACCAAGGGCAAGAUGCGCAUCCACUGCCUGGAGAAUGUGGACAAAGCCUUGCAGUUCCUCAAGGAGCAGCGCGUGCACCUGGAGAAUAUGGGCUCCCAUGAUAUCGUGGAUGGCAACCACCGCCUGGUCCUAGGCCUCAUCUGGACCAUCAUCCUCCGAUUCCAGAUUCAGGACAUUGUUGUCCAAACACAAGAAGGUCGUGAGACACGCUCAGCUAAGGACGCGCUGCUCCUGUGGUGCCAGAUGAAGACGGCGGGCUACCCCCAUGUCAAUGUCACCAACUUCACCUCCAGCUGGAAAGAUGGCCUGGCCUUCAAUGCCCUAAUACAUAAACACCGGCCUGACCUCAUCGACUUUGACAAGCUAAAGGAUUCCAACGCCCGGCAUAACUUGGAGCACGCGUUUGAUGUGGCCGAACGCCAGCUGGGCAUCAUCCCACUCCUUGACCCCGAAGAUGUCUUCACGGAAAACCCGGACGAGAAAUCCAUCAUCACCUAUGUGGUGGCCUUUUAUCACUACUUCUCCAAGAUGAAGGUGCUGGCGGUGGAGGGCAAGCGAGUCGGCAAGGUCAUUGACCAUGCCAUCGAGACCGAGAAGAUGAUCGAAAAGUACAGCGGGCUAGCCUCAGACCUGCUCACCUGGAUUGAGCAAACCAUCAAUGUUCUGAACAGCCGCAAGUUUGCCAACUCAUUGAGUGGCGUCCAACAGCAGCUACAGGCCUUCAGCACCUACCGUACUGUGGAGAAGCCACCCAAGUUUCAGGAGAAGGGGAAUCUGGAAGUCCUCCUGUUCACUAUCCAAUCCCGGAUGAGAGCCAACAACCAGAAAGUGUACACGCCCCACGACGGGAAGCUAGUGUCUGACAUCAACCGGGCCUGGGAGAGCCUGGAGGAAGCAGAAUACCAAAGGGAGCUGGCCCUGAGGAGCGAGCUCAUUCGACAGGAGAAACUGGAACAGCUGGCGAGACGCUUCGACCGAAAGGCUGCCAUGAGAGAGACGUGGCUCAAUGAAAACCAGCGCCUCGUGACCCAGGAUAACUUCGGGUGUGACCUGGCAGCUGUGGAGGCCGCCAAGAAGAAGCACGAAGCCAUCGAGACCGACACAGCCGCCUAUGAGGAGCGGGUGAAGGCCCUGGAAGAUCUGGCCCAGGAGCUCGAGAAAGAGAAUUACCAUGACCAGAAGCGCAUCAUGGCCCGGAAGGACAAUAUCCUCCGCCUGUGGAGCUACCUCCAAGAGCUGCUGCGGUCCCGGCGCCAGAGGCUCGAGGCCACCCUGGCGCUGCAGAAGCUCUUCCAGGACAUGCUGCACAGUAUCGACUGGAUGGAUGAGAUCAAGGCUCACAUCUUGUCUGCUGAAUUUGGGAAGCAUCUAUUGGAGGUUGAAGACCUGCUUCAGAAACACAAGCUGAUGGAGGCCGAUAUUGCCAUCCAAGGGGACAAAGUGAAGGCUAUCACAGCAGCCACCCUGCAGUUCACUGAGGGGAAAGGGUACCAGCCUUGUGAUCCCCAGGUCAUCCAGGACCGUGUCAGUCACCUUGAGCAGUGCUUCAGUGAACUAAGCAACAUGGCGGCUGGACGGAAGGCACAGCUGGAGCAAUCCAAGCGACUCUGGAAGUUCUUCUGGGAGAUGGACGAGGCCGAAAGCUGGAUCAAGGAAAAGGAGCAGAUCUACUCCUCCCUGGACUAUGGAAAGGAUCUGACCAGCGUGCUCAUCUUACAGCGCAAGCACAAGGCUUUCGAGGAUGAGCUCCGUGGGCUAGAUGCCCACCUGAAGCAGAUCUUCCAGGAGGCUGAGGGUAUGGUUGCCCAAAAGCAGUUUGGACACCCACAGAUCGAGAACCGUGUCAAGGAGGUCUCUGCCCAGUGGGACCACCUGAAAGAGCUGGCUGCCUUUCGGAAGAAGGACCUGCAGAAUGCAGAGGACUUCUUCCAGUUCCAGGGCGAUGCAGACGACCUGAAGGCUUGGCUGCAAGAUGCUCACCGGCUGCUCUCCGGUGAGGACGUAGGGCAAGACGAAGGUGCCACGAGAGCCCUGGGAAAGAAGCACAAGGAGUUUCUAGAAGAGCUGGAGGAGAGCCGCGGGGUGAUGGAGCACUUAGAGCACCAAGCCCAGGGUUUCCCCGAGGAAUUCCGAGAUUCCCCGGAUGUCACGAGCCGGUUACAGACCCUCCGGAAGCUCUACCAGCAGGUGUUGGCUCAGGCGGAAUUGCGUGGACAGAGGCUGCAGGAUGCCCUGGACUUGUACACGGUGUUCGGGGAAUCAGACGCCUGUGAGCUGUGGAUGAGUGAGAAGGAGAAGUGGCUGAACAAGAUGGACACCCCAAACACGCUGGAGGACCUGGAGGUGGUGCAGCACAGGUUUGACAUCCUGGACCAGGAAAUGAAGACUUUGAUGACUCAGAUCGACGGCGUGAACCUUGCUGCCAACAACCUGGUGGAGAGUGGCCACCCACGCAGUGGGGAAGUAAAGCAGUAUCAGGAUCGCCUGAACAAGAGAUGGCAGGACUUCCAGGCAGUGGUGUCGGAGCAGAGAGAGGCUGUGGACUCGGCCCUUCGAGUGAACAACUACUGUGUGGAUUGUGAGGAGACCAGCAAGUGGAUCGUGGACAAGACGAAAGUUGUGGAGUCUAUCAAGGACCUGGGGCAGGACCUGGCGGGGGUCAUUUCCAUCCAGCGAAAGUUGUCAGGGCUGGAGCGGGAUAAGCUGGCCAUCCAGGACCGUGUGAGUGCGCUGCAACGUGAGUCACAGCAUUUGAUGGAGUCCCACCCUGAACAGAAAGAGGACAUUGGCCAGCGGCAAGCAGAUGUUGAAAAGCUGUGGAAGGGCCUGCAAGAUGCCUUGCAAGAUCAGGAGCUCUCCUUAGGUGAGGCCAGCAAGCUGCAGGCUUUCCUGCAGGAGCUGGAUGACUUCCAAGUCUGGCUGUCCAUGGCCCAAAAGGCAGUGGCCUCUGAGGACAUGCCUGAAUCACUCCCAGAGGUUGAGCAGCUACUACAGCAGCAUGCAGCCAUUAAGGAAGAGAUUGAUGCGCAUAAAAACAAUUACCACCAGGUCAAGGCUUCUGGGGAGAAGGUGAUUGAAGGCCAGAGGGACCCAGAGUACCAGCUUCUGGGUCAGCGGCUAGAGGGCCUAGAUACCGGCUGGGAUGCUCUGUGCCGGAUGUGGGAGAGCCGAGGGCACUCCCUCACCCAGUGCCUGGGCUUCCAAGAGUUCCAGAAAGAUGCCAAGCAGGCUGAAGCCAUCCUCAGCAACCAGGAAUACACUCUGGCUCAUUUAGAGCCUCCAGAUUCCCUGGCAGCAGCGGAGGCUGGGAUCCGAAAGUUUGAAGAUUUCUUAGGGUCUAUGGAAAACAACCACCAUAAGGUCUUGAGUCCUGUGGACUCUGGAAACAAGCUGGUGGCUGAGGGCAACCUGUAUUCGGACAAGAUCAAAGAGAAGGUGCAGCUGAUUGAAGACAGGCACAAGAAGAACAAUGAGAAGGCCCAGGAGGUUACAAUUCUCUUAAGAGACAACCUGGAGUUACAGAACUUCCUCCAGAACUGCAAGGAGCUUACUCUCUGGAUCAAUGACAAGCUGCUGACAUCUCCUGAUGUCUCCUAUGACGAAGCUCGCAACCUUCACAACAAAUGGAUGAAGCACCAGGCAUUUGUGGCAGAACUGGCUUCUCAUCAAGGGUGGCUUGAGAACAUUGAUGCAGAAGGGAGGCAGCUGAUGGAAGAGAAGCCCCAGUUCAAGGAUGCGGUGUCAGAAAGGCUGGAUGCCCUGCACAAGCUCUGGGACGAGCUGCAGACAACCACGAAGGCGAAGACUGAACAGCUCUCGGCAGCCCGGAGCUCCGACCUGCGUUUGCAGACCCAUGCAGACCUUAACAAAUGGAUCGGCGCCAUGGAGGACCAGCUACGAUCAGAUGACUUGGGCAAGGAUCUGACCACUGUCAACCGGAUGCUGGCUAAGUUGAAGCGAGUGGAGGACCAAGUGAACUUGCGGAAGGAGGAGCUGGAGGAACUUUUUGCUGAGGCACCCUCUCUGGGAGCGGAGGCAGGAGACACAGACAUGAGCAUCGAGAAGCGGUUCCUAGAUCUUCUAGAACCUCUGGGGAGGAGGAGGAAGCAGCUGGAAUUAUCCAAAGCCAAGCUACAGAUCAGCCGGGACUUGGAGGAUGAGACGCUCUGGGUGGAAGAGAGGCUGCCACUGGCUCAGUCCGCUGACUAUGGCACUAAUCUGCAAACUGUGCAGCUGUUCAUGAAGAAGAACCAGACCCUGCAGAAUGAGAUCCUGGGCCAUGCCCCACGGGUGGAGGACGUGCUACAACGAGGGCAGCAGCUGGUGAAGGAGGCAGAGAUCGACUGUCAAGACAUCGAGGAGCACCUGGGGCAUCUGCAGGGCUCGUGGGACACACUGCGGGAGGCGGCAGCUGGCCGGCUGCAGCGCCUGCGGGAUGCCCAUGAGGCACAGCAGUACUAUCUGGAUGCUGGUGAGGCAGAAGCCUGGAUCGGCGAGCAGGAGCUCUAUGUGUUCUCUGACGAGCCCCCCAAGGAUGAAGAGGGAGCCAUCGUGAUGCUCAAGCGGCACCUGCGGCAGCAGCGCACUGUGGAGGAGUACGGGCGGAAUAUCAAGCAGCUGGCCGGCCGCGCUCAGAACCUGCUGUCUGCAGGCCACCCUGAGGGGGAACAGAUCAUCCGGCUCCAGGGACAAGUGGAUAAGCAAUACGCGGGACUGAAGGACAUGGCUGAGGAGCGCAGGCGGAAGCUGGAGAACAUGUACCACCUGUUCCAGCUGAAGAGAGAGGCUGACGACUUGGAGCAGUGGAUUACAGAGAAAGAGAUGGUGGCCUCAUCCCAGGAAAUGGGGCAAGACUUUGACCACGUGACCAUGCUCCGUGACAAGUUCAGAGACUUCGCCCGGGAGACCGGGGCGAUCGGGCAAGAGCGGGUAGACAACGUGAAUGCUAUCAUCGAGCGGCUCAUCGACGCGGGCCACAGCGAGGCAGCCACCAUUGCCGAGUGGAAGGAUGGGCUGAAUGACAUGUGGGCCGACCUGCUGGAGCUCAUUGACACCCGCAUGCAGCUGCUGGCUGCCUCCUACGACCGGCACCGCUACUUCUACACAGGCACUGAGAUCCUGGGCCUCAUAGAUGAGAAGCACAGAGAGCUGCCGGAGGAUGUGGGGCUGGACGCCAGCACGGCCGAGUCUUUCCACCGGGUCCACACCGCCUUCGAGCGGGAGCUCCACCUCCUGGGUGUGCAGGUGCAGCAGUUCCAGGAUGUGGCCACCCGACUGCAGACAGCAUAUGCAGGAGAGAAUGCAGAUGCCAUCCAGAGCAAGGAGCAGGAGGUGUCCGCAGCCUGGCAGGCACUACUUGAUGCCUGCGCCGGGCGCCGCGCUCAGCUGGUGGACACAGCAGACAAGUUCCGCUUCUUCAGCAUGGUUCGCGACCUCCUCUCCUGGAUGGAGAGCAUCAUCCGGCAGAUCGAGACCCAGGAGAGACCCAGGGAUGUCUCCUCUGUGGAAUUGCUCUUGAAGUAUCACCAGGGCAUCAAAGCUGAGAUCAACACCAGAGCCAAGAACUUUAGCACCUGCCUAGAACUCGGGGAGUCCCUGCUUCAGCGGCGACACCAGGCCUCAGAAGAGAUCCGGGAGAAAUUGCAGCAGGUGGUGUCCAGGAGGCAGGAGAUGAAUGACAAGUGGGAGGCCCGCUCUGACAGGCUUCACAUGUUGCUGGAGGUGUGCCAGUUCUCGAGGGAUGCCUCUGUGGCCGAGGCAUGGCUGAUCGCCCAGGAGCCCUAUCUGGCCAGCCGGGACUUUGGACACACAGUGGACAGCGUGGAAAAGCUCAUCAAGAGGCACGAGGCUUUUGAGAAAUCCACAGCGAGCUGGGCAGAGCGCUUUGCUGCCCUGGAGAAGCCCACCACGCUGGAGCUUAAGGAACGCCAGACUCCAGACAGACCCGCAGAGGAACCUGGGCCUCAAGAGGAGGAAGGCGAGACAGCUGGCGAGGCUCCCCAGGUCCACCGUGCGGCCACUGAGCGAACAUCCCCGGGGGAAGAAAGAGGAAAUUGGCCUCAGGAUCUGCAGCCACCACCCCUGCCAGGACACCGCAAGGAUGAGCAGGAUAAAUCCGUUGGGGAGGAGAGGCCUGCCACAGAGCCCCUCUUUAAGGUCCUGGACACACCCCUGAGUGAGGGUGACGAGCCCACGACGCUGCCAGCCCAGCGGGACCUCGGGCACACUGUGCAGAUGGAGGGCUACCUGGGCAGAAAGCACGACCUAGAGGGGCCCAACAAGAAGGCCUCGAACAGGUCCUGGAACAACCUGUACUGUGUGCUCAGGAACAGCCAACUGACCUUCUACAAGGAUGCUAAAAACCUGGCCCUCGGGGUGCCCUACCACGGCGAGGAGCCCCUGGCCCUGAGGCAUGCCAUCUGUGAGAUUGCUGCCAACUAUAAGAAGAAGAAGCACGUAUUUAAGCUGAGGUUAAGCAACGGCAGUGAGUGGCUCUUCCAUGGCAAGGAUGAGGAGGAGAUGCUGCUGUGGCUACAGAGCAUGAGCACUGCCAUCAACGAGUCCCAAAGCAUCCGUGUCAAGGCACAGAGCCUGCCUCUGCCUUCCCUUGCGGGUCCUGAUGCCAGCCUUGGCAAGAAGGAAAAGAGGUUUAGCUUCUUCCCCAAGAAGAAGUAGCAGCUGGAGGCCCCCGUGGGCGGGGCCAGCCAGGCAGCACUGCAGCGUGCGUGCAUCGGGACGUGUAAGGACCAGGAGCCCACGGCCUCGGAUCUCCACAGCGGCCAGUCCUCCUCCUGCCUGCCACCCCACUGCCUGCAGCCUGCCUGUUCAAGUUGCUGGGCCGGCCCCAGGGCCCACACUGCGCCGCGAUAGCUGCCUUGCCUGCCUGGCCUCCCCGGCCUUCCCAAUGCCUGCCAAUAGCCCUCCACCUCCCCCACGCCAUGCAGCUGGCUGGGCUCCAGGGACAGGAGGCUCAGUCCCUUUGGGGCUAGAGACGGUUCUGGGUUCUGUAAGGCGUAUACUCUCCUCUUCGUGCCCCCAACAAGCUGGGAAGCCUAAUGGGGU